CAAAAAAAAAAGUUUCUCAACGGCGGCCACGAGUGAGCCGACUACUUGUCUCGCCUCACAGGCACAGACAGAUAGAGUCCAUCACUCACUAUCUUGCGGGAGUCGGCUGCAUGUCUCACCCGUGAGACGUCGUCUUCUCUCAAACUCGUCUGACUGAGUUUUUUGUGCGACGGCAAAACUCGCCAUCAAUCUGCACCACAGCAGAAGACAGACGGUGAUCAGUUAGGCUUCAUCGCCCAACGUCCCGUCCCAGCAGCCCACCCACCAACCAGCCAUGGGCCUUGGGCUGGGUUUCUUUUCCCGCCGCGGCAGGGACAGAAACGGCAACGACGAUGAUGACGACAAGGCCGCGCCGCGUGUCAUCGGGGACGCCAUGUCUGCGCCGAGUAGCAGCCGCAACAACCCCAAGGGCAUUACCGGCGGUGUCUCGUCCGCGGCCGCAGACACGCUCACGCCAGACCUGGAGCGACAGCAGCGGCAGCAGACGAUGCAAGGCGGCCAUCAUCACCAUCACGAUGACGAUGAGGAGGCAGAGACUCGAUCCGGCCCGCCCAUGGAUCCCUCUGGCAGCAGCGGCGGUGGCGGCGACAACACCAUCGCCAACGCCGACCUCGUCACCACGGCCGAGGACCGCGACCUCAAGCGCGGCCUGCACGAGCGGCACCUCUCCAUGCUCGGCAUCGCGGGCGCCAUCGGCACCGGCCUCUUCCUCGGGCUCGGCGGCGCCGUGCAGACGGGCGGCCCGCUCGGCGCCUUCCUCGGCUACGCCACCGUCGGCGUCGUCGUCUGCGCCGUGCAGUUCGCCCUCGGCGAGGCGGCCGCCCUGCUCCCCGUGACGGGCGCCUUCGUGCGCCACGCCGAGUUCCUCGUCGACCCGGCCUGGGGCUUCGCCGUGGGAUGGAACCUCGUCUACGGGAACCUGCUGAGCAUCCCCUCCGAGAUCACCGCCAUAUGCGUGCUCUUCGAGUUCUGGCACACGGGCGUCAGCCCCGCCGUCUUCAUCGUCUGCUUCAUCGUCCUCACCGUCGCCGUCGGCGUCGCCUUUGUGCGCGUCUUUGGCGAGGUCGAGUUCUUCUUCGCCCUCCUCAAGGUCCUGCUCGUCGUCUUCCUCAUCGUCCUCGGCCUCGUCAUCGACCUCGGCGGCGUCCCCGGCACCCCCGCCGUCUACUUCCGCUACUGGCGCGACCCGGGCCCCUUUGUCGAGUACAUCGCGCCGGGCAACUGGGGCAAGUUCCUCGGCUACUGGGGCGUCAUGACCAGCGCCGUCUUCUCCUUCGCCGGCGUCGAGUCCAUCGCCAUGGCCGGCGCCGAGACGCGCAACCCCCGCAAGGCCAUCCCCGCCGCCUGCAAGAACGUCUUCAUCCGCAUCGUCCUCUUCUACAUGCUCGCCAUCCUCGUCGUCGGCAUGCUCGUCCCCAGCGACGACCCCCGCCUCGACGGCUCCAGCGGCGACGCCGCCCAGAGCCCCUUCGUCAUCGCCGCCUCCGCCGCCGGCCUGCCCGCCGUCCCCUCCGUCGUCAACGCCGUCGUCAUCACCUCGGCCUGGAGCUCCUCCAACCAGGCCCUGCUCGCCGGCACCCGCGUCCUCUAUGGCCUCGCCCUCAAGCGCCAGGCCCCCCGCGUCUUCCUCCGCACCACCUCCUGGGGCGUCCCCUGGGCCUGCGUCGCCCUCUACACCGCCUUCAUGUUCCUCAGCUUCAUGAGCCUCUCCAGCGGCGCCCUCGCCGCCUUUUGGUGGCUCGUCGACCUGACCGCCGCCGGCGUCCUCGUCUCCUGGAUCUCCAUCCUGCUCAACCACAUCCGCCUGCGCCUCGCCUUCAAGCGCCAGGACAUUCCCCUCACGAUGCUGCCCUGGUACAAUUCGUGGACCCUCUACACCUCGUACUUUGCCAUUGUCAUGUGCAUCCUCAUCCUCCUCACCUCCGGGUUCAAGGUCUUUACCAAGGGCAACUGGGACGCCAGCAGCUUCGUCUCUGCAUAUCUUGACAUCCCCCUCGUCAUCAGCGCCUACCUGAUCUGGAAGUUCUACAAGGGCACCAAGAUCGUAAACCUCUCCGAGAUACCCCUCCAUCGCGCCCUCGAGCAGGCCGAGCAAAAGUACUCUGUGCUGCAUUCAUAGCCUUGCUUCACGUAGACGAGCGGUACUGGAUUUUCAUAGCGUUCUUUUUUUUUAACCUUCACGUAGAGGGGAGUACAAGACAUUGCCCUGCCGGCCGAACCAACCGCACUCGGUGCUGGGAUUCAUAGCGUUGCUUCACGUAGAACAGACCAACGAGAAGUGCUUUAAGCUUGUAUAUUUCGGUGCACCGACUUCUAUGUAUCCCCUUGUGCCACCCGAUAGCGUCAGGCAGCCCGCCGUGUUAUUAAAAAAAUAUUGUUGCC